AUGACUAGUGCAACUUCAGAAAUUUCUUAUUUACAGGUGCAAAAGGGUAUUGUGGCUGAUCCAGCACUUCAAGCAGAAUGGUCAAAAAAAAGACUAGUAUGGGUUCCCAAUGAAACAGAAGGUUUCGUUGCUGGAAGCAUUAAGGAAGAUCGUGGAGAUGAUGCCGUCGUUGAGCUUGCUGAUAGCGGGAAGCGACUUACUCUGAGCAAAGAUGACUUGCAAAAAAUGAAUCCUCCGAAAUUUGACAAAGUGGAAGAUAUGGCAGAUUUAACCUGUCUCAAUGAAGCUUCUGUCUUGCACAAUCUUCGUGAACGAUAUUUCUCAUCACUUAUUUAUACAUAUUCUGGAUUGUUUUGUGUGGUGGUGAAUCCAUACAAAAAACUGCCAAUUUAUUCUGAAACAUUAAUCGAAGCAUUCAAAGGGAAAAAACGCCAUGAGAUGCCACCUCAUAUAUUUGCAAUUGCAGACACAGCUUACCGCUCAAUGCUCCAAGAACGGGAAGAUCAAUCCAUUCUUUGCACUGGUGAAUCUGGUGCUGGAAAAACUGAAAAUACUAAGAAAGUUAUACAAUAUUUAGCUUAUGUGGCUGGGGCGACACGGCAAAGCAAAAACAGUACUCCAACAAAAGGUGAGCUGGAACACCAAUUGCUUCAAGCUAAUCCAAUUCUUGAAGCUUUCGGUAACAGUAAAACAGUAAAGAAUGACAAUUCAUCGAGAUUCGGUAAAUUUAUCAGAAUAAAUUUUGAUAUGUCGGGAUAUAUUUCUGGCGCAAACAUUGAGUUUUACUUACUUGAAAAAUCGCGUACAUUACGUCAAGCAGCUGACGAACGGUCGUUCCACAUUUUCUAUCAGUUCUUACGCGGUACAACCGCUGAUGAGAAGGGAAAUUUUCUUCUGGAGGACGUGGAAAAAUAUCGUUUUCUUAAUAAUGGAUACAUAAAUUUACCUAAUGUUGAUGAUGCCAACGAGUUUCACAACACCGUUCGAUCUAUGAAAAUUAUGGGUUUUCAAGAAGAGGAAAUUACUUCUGUACUGCGAUUAGUAUCUGCCGUUUUGCUUUUUGGAAAUAUGGAGUUUUUUCAGGAAAAGAAAUCCGAUCAAGCCGUUCUUUCAGAUGAUCGAGUUGCCCAAAAACUAUGUCAUCUCUUGGGUUUGCCUUUGGUCGAUUUCACUAAAGCUUAUUUGCGUCCGCGAAUAAAAGUUGGUCGAGAAUAUGUACAUAAAGCACAAAAUAAAGAGCAAGCAGAGUUUGCUGUAGAAGCCAUAAGCAAGGCAUGUUAUGAAAAAAUGUUUCGGUGGCUAGUCAAUCGUUUGAACAAAUCUUUAGACCGAACUCGUCGGCAAGGUGCUUCAUUCAUAGGUAUAUUGGAUAUUGCUGGGUUUGAAAUUUUCGAGCUCAAUUCAUUUGAACAGCUAUGCAUUAAUUAUACGAAUGAAAAACUGCAGCAGCUGUUUAACAAUACGAUGUUUAUUUUGGAACAAGAGGAAUAUCAAAGAGAAGGCAUCGAUUGGAAAUUCAUCGACUUUGGCCUUGAUCUGCAGCCUACUAUAGAUCUUAUUGAAAAACCUAUGGGCAUUCUGGCACUUCUGGAUGAACAAUGCUUAUUCCCUAAAGCAACGGACAAAUCGUUAGUAGAGAAAUUGUUUGUGAAUCACGCGAAACAUCCAAAAUUUGUCAUCCCUGAAAUGCGUGCGAAGUCUGACUUUGCGGUAAUUCACUAUGCUGGUCGUGUGGAUUACUUAGCUGAUCAAUGGCUUAUGAAAAAUAUGGACCCGCUCAAUGAAAAUGUAGUAGCGUUAUUCCAAAAUUCUUCAGAUGCAUUCGUUGUAAACAUAUGGAAAGAUGGUAAGGCUACUGUUGUAUUUGCUGAAUUUGCUGGUAUUUGCGCAUCAGAAUAUAGUGAGACAGCCUUUGGUGUGCGAACAAAAAAAGGAAUGUUCCGUACGGUAAGCCAAAUGCAUAAAGAACAGCUAACCCGUUUAAUGACCACCUUACGUAAUACGAAUCCUCAUUUCGUUCGAUGUAUUAUUCCGAAUCAUGAAAAAAAGGCUGGAAAAAUAUCAUCUUUAUUAGUUUUGGAGCAGUUGCGCUGCAAUGGUGUUUUGGAAGGAAUACGUAUAUGUCGACAGGGUUUCCCAAAUCGCGUGCCCUUUCAGGAGUUCAGGCAUCGAUAUGAAAUUCUCACACCAAACGUUAUACCAAAAGGUUUCAUGGAUGGAAAGGAAGCUGUUAGAAAAAUGAUCGAUGCUUUAGAACUGGAAAAUAAUUUAUAUCGUAUUGGUCAGUCGAAAAUAUUCUUCCGAGCUGGUGUUUUGGCUCAUUUAGAGGAAGAACGUGAUCUGAAACUUACUGGAUUGAUAGUGUCUUUUCAAGCACAGUGUCGUGCUUUCCUUGCUAGACGUCUAUAUCAAAAACGAAUGCAGCAGUCCAAUGCAAUACGUGUGCUACAAAGAAAUGGUUUAGCAUGGUUAAAAUUGCGAAACUGGCAAUGGUGGCGGUUGUUUACUAAAGUUAAGCCACUGUUGCAAGUUACAAAUCAAGAAGCUGCUAUUGCACUAAAAGAUGAGGAAUUGAAAAUAGUAAGAGAUAAGUUAAAUAAAAAAGAAGUAGAAUAUGCUGAAAUUGAGAAACAUCUCAAGCAACUCAACGAGGAAAGAAAUGUUCUCCAGGAACAGCUGCAACAGGCACGUUUUAAAUCUAAUCAAACCAAUUUGUUAGGAUCAUUACUGUUUCAGGAAAGUGAAGAACGAGCAGAAGUAGAGGAGGUGCGUGAGCGGUUGUCGUCAAAGAAAGCAGAACUGGAAGAUAUGUUAACAGAGUUGAACUCUAAAUUAGAUGAGGGCGAAGAACACGUUGAGAAAUUAACGGAAGAGAAAAAAAAAUUACAAGAAACUGUCCGUGAUUUGGAAGAACAGUUGGAAGAAGAAGAACAAGCUCGUCAGAAACUUAUGCUUGAUAAAGUGAAUGUUGAUCAGAAAUGGAAGAAAUUAGAAGAAAAGCAUGCUGAGUUAACUGAUUCGUAUGAAAAGUUACUGAAAGAGAAGAAAAAUAUGGAAGAAAGAGCGGUUCAGUUAUCUAAUAAUUUGCUAGAAGAAGAAGAGAAAGCUAAGCACGUUGGGAAACAGCGUUCUCGCAUUGAAAUGCAAUUACAAGAGCAAGAGCAAGAAUUAAAGAAAGAAAAACAGGUGAGAGCAGAAGUUGAGCGCCUCAAGCGAAAACUUGAGGUAGAAAUAGACGAACAGAAAGAAUUGCUCGAGGAAAAGCGAAGUAAAUUAGAAGAGUUGAAUUCAUUACUUACCAAACGUGAAGAGGAACUUACAGCGCUCCUAACAAAAUCCGACGAGGACAGCGCCAAUAACAUAAUUUUGCAAAAGCAGAUUCGCGAGUUGGAAUCCGCUUUGGAAGAAUUAAAAGAAGAUCUUGAUAAUGAGAAAUCUUUACGCGAAAAGGCGGAGAAAAGUCGUCGGGAUUUAAAUGAUGAUCUAGAAACACUGAGAACAGAAUACCUUGAAGCAGCGGAUAAAACGGCUAUAUCUCUCGAGAUACAAAAGAAAAAAGAUGAAGAGUUGAAAGAACUAAAACAUGCUCUUGAAACUACGAAUGCAGUAAACGAUGCUAAAUUCGAAGAACUGAAGCAAAAGUAUCAAAAGCAAAUCGAAGAGUUGAGUGAACAGGUCGAACAGCAAAAACGAAUGCGUUCUCAAGUUGAAAAAACUAAAAAUGCACUGGAUAUUGAAAAGGCCUCUAUAGUGAUGGAAUUGAAUGCGACACAAGCAGCGAAAUGUGAAGCCGACAAGAAACGCAAGCAAGCAGAAACAGCUUGUAUUGAACUGUAUGCUAGAAUUGAAGAGCUGGACUCAGCAAAAUCAGCGCUUACUCAGCAUCUUGGGAAAGCCCAUAAUGAAUUGGAUUCCGUGUCAAAGCAGAUAGAAGAGGAUGAACAGAAUAUCUCAGCUUUACACCGAAAAAUAGUGCUACUUGAACAGCAGCUAGCCGAGGCACAGGACCAGCUACAGGAAGAAACUAGAAAUAAGCUUGCAAUGCAAACAAGAGUACGGCAGUUGGAAGAUGAUCUGAUGGAAUCAUUGGAUUUACGUGAAGAAGGGGAACUUAAGCGAAAGGAAUUACAAGGACAACUUGAUAAUAUGCGGUUGGCGUUGGUAGAUGCGAAAAAAAAAGCAGAGGAAGGAGUUUUGCAGCAAAUAGAAGAAAUGAAAAAAAAAGCGCAACGUGAUCUGGAAAUAACACAAAAAAAAUUGGCCGAAAUUGGAGUAGCACGUGAUCGGGCAGAACGAUCUAAGCGGAAAUUGCAGCAGGAGGUCGAAGAUGCGAACAUCGAACUUAAUAACAUCCGGACAUAUUCGCGCGAUUUAGAAAAAAAACAGCGUAGAUUUGAUCAACAAUUAGCGGAAGAAAAAGCUAAUCUUCAGAAGGUUAUGAAUGAACGUGAUGCGCUUGCUCAGGAGUCUCGCGAUCGUGAAACACGCAUUUUAUCACUUAAUAAUGAUCUCGAUGGUUUACGUUCUCAACUUGAAGAAUCAGAACGUGUAAAACGUAUGCUUCAAAUGGAGCUUGAUGAAUCGGUAUCUUCAAAAGAUGAUGUAGGAAAAAGCGUGCACGAGUUGGAAAAAGCUAAGCGUCAACUUGAAGCAGAACUGCAAGAGCAACGAGCUCAAGUGGAAGAACUUGAAGAUGCCGUUCAAAUCGCGGAAGAUGCUCGGCUUCGAUUAGAUGUCAAUCUUCAGGCCCUGAAAAGUGAGCAAGAAAGAAUUUUGGCAGUAAAAGAACAAGAAAGUGAAGAAAAGCGUCGUUCAUUAUUGAAACAAAUUCGUGAUCUAGAAAGUGAGCUGGAAAAUGAGCGUCGCACUCGCUCUGGUGCCAUUGCUAACAAGAAGAAAAUUGAGUCACAGUUAAUCGAGAUGGAGCAGCAGCUAGAAUUUGCGAACAGAGCGAAAGAUGACUGCAGUCGACAAUUGAAGAAAUAUCAGCAAAUUAUCAAAGAUAUUCAACAUGACAAUGACGAGAUUCGGUUAUCGAAAGAAGAACUUGCAAAUUCUAUGCGUGAAAUGGAACGAAAGUUACGAACAGUUGAUACAGAAAAUGCCCGAUUAUUAGAAGUGAACGAAAGUUUAAUGAAUCAAAAACGACAGUUGGAAGCAGAAAAAGAUGAAUUGGAAGAUGCUCAAAGUCGGGGUGGUGGUGUGAAUGCCGAUGAACGUCGAAGACUUGAAGCAAAAGUUGCAGCAUUAGAAGAAGAAGUUGAAGAAGAACAGAGUCUUGCCGAAUUAGCACUUGAUAAACAACGUAAAGCACAAAUGCAGGUUGAACAACUAACUACAGAAUUAUCUGUGGAACGUUCCACUACGCAGAAAUUGGAAACUGAAAAGCAAGCAAUGGAGCGGGUAAAUCGAGAACUUAAAAAUAAGGUAUCAGAACUGGAAACUUGUGCUCAUAAUCGUUCUAGAGCUCAGAUAGCUGCUCUGGAAGCAAAAAUACAGUAUUUAGACGAGCAGUAUAACGCCGAAAGCCAAGAACGCGCUAAUGCAACUCGCCAAUAUCGGCGGAUUGAAAAACGUUUGGCUGAUACCAUAUUACAGUUAGAAGAUGAACGUCGUAAUACAGAACAGUAUAAGGAACAGGCUGAACGAGAAAAGACACGAGUAAGACAAGUACGGAGGCGGCUUGAUGAAAUGGAAGAAGAAUUAAUACGGGAACAAACAAAAGCACGUAAUUUACAACGAGUGAUCGACGAUUUGAAUGCGGCAAAUGAUACUCUUGUUCGUGAUAACACUAACUUACGUGGGCAGCGACGGCCAGUUCGUGAUGCAUUACUGGCUGGUCGGCGUGUUCAUCUACGUAAUAACAGUCCACAUGAUGAUUUAGAUAGUGUAGGGACUGAAGGUAUUGUUUAUAAACUUUCAUAG